AUGGGAUUCGCGGAGGCUCAGCCGGACUUGUUUCUAGGGCUUAACGCGCACCACUGCUCGGGGUCAACGAAUUCAGUCCAAUCCGUUCCGCUGCAAUUGCUCGACCUGAAGGAAGAGAAGAUUAGGGUUGAGAAUGGAGACGAUAGUCACGAGGAGGAAGAUGACGAGAAAUUCAGUCUCUUGGGGCACUCUAUCUGCCCGAAGAGGCCGAGGGAUGGGUCUGGGUUCGCUCUGAACCCGACCCCGUCGAAGUGCUUGGCCGUCGAAUCGGCUGGGCUGGAGGCGAGGCGGGAUGCGGUUCGCACUUGGGGGAACCAACCGCUUUCGGUUUCGGACCCGGAAAUUCAUGAAAUUAUGGAGAAGGAGAAGCAUCGUCAGUUCAAAGGCAUCGAAUUGGUGGCUUCUGAGAAUUUCGUGUGCAGAGCUGUAAUGGAAGCUCUGGGCAGCCACUUGACGAACAAGUACUCCGAGGGUAUGCCCGGAGCAAGAUACUACACUGGCAAUCAGCACAUUGAUCAGAUUGAAUUGCUCUGUCAUGAACGCGCAUUGGCCGCUUUCAGUCUCGAUCCAGAGAAAUGGGGUGUCAAUGUCCAGCCUUACUCUUGUACCUCUGCGAAUUUUGCAGUCUACACCGGUCUUUUGCUCCCAAAUGAUCGGAUUAUGGGCUUGGAUUCGCCUUCCGGAGGGCAUAUGAGUCAUGGGUAUUAUACUCCCAGUGGGAAGAAGGUCUCUGCAGCUUCGAUAUUCUUUGACAGUUUCCCUUAUAAGGUGAACCCACAAACAGGUUACAUUGAUUAUGAUAAGCUUGAGGAGAGGGCAGUUGAUUAUCGCCCCAAGAUACUAAUUUGCGGUGGGAGUUCAUACCCCAGGGAGUGGGAUUAUGCCAGGUUUAGGCAUAUUGCGGAUAAAUGCGGAGCUGUGUUGAUGUGCGACAUGGCACAUAUCAGCGGUCUUGUGGCAGCCAAGGAAUGUGCAAGUCCGUUUGAUUAUUGUGAUAUUGUUACGUCAACAACGCACAAGAGUCUCCGGGGUCCUAGGGGAGGCAUUAUCUUUUACAGGAAAGGCACAAAACUAAGGAAGCAAGGAAUGCAUCAUACUAAUGGAGAUGGUAGUAGCCAUUAUGAUUUUGAGGAAAAGAUAAAUUUUGCUGUUUUCCCUUCCUUACAAGGAGGUCCUCACAACAACCAUAUUGCUGCUCUUGCCAUAGCCUUAAAACAAGUAGCUACUCCAGAGUAUAAAGCGUACAUGCAACAGGUGAAGAGAAAUGCACAGGCCUUAGCUAAUGCUUUGUUAAGAAGAAAAUUCAGAUUGGUGACUGGUGGUACCGACAAUCACUUGUUGCUUUGGGAUUUGACUGCUCUUGGUUUAACAGGGAGGAACUAUGAGAAGGUCUGUGAGAUGUGCCACAUCACUCUCAAUAAAACUGCUAUAUUUGGUGAUAAUGGUGCUUUUUCUCCUGGUGGAGUGAGAAUUGGUACUCCUGCUAUGACUACAAGAGGUUGUGUGGAGGCUGAUUUUGAGACAAUGGCCGAAUUACUUCUUAGGGCUGCUCAGAUUACUGUUAAUGUUCAGAGGGAAUAUGGAAAAUUUCAGAAAGAUUUUAGCAAAGGUCUCCAGAACAAUAAAGAUAUAAUUGAGCUCAGAAAUCGGGUUGAAACAUUUGCAUCCCAGUUUGCAAUGCCAGGAUAUGAUAUUUAA